AUGUCAAACGAAUUAUAUGAAACGCUUUGUGAAUUUCUUGUUAGCUCUCCUUUAAAACAAAUUUCCGUUGUACCAGUGGUAUAUAAAGCAAUGGCAGAAGAUCCAUGGGCUUCUCAAGAUAUAUUAAAAGACUCAAUCGAACAAGCCGUUGAAACCACUGCGAAAAAAUUCUCAAUUAACUCGCAACAAUAUAAAAGACUUAUUAAAAUUCCUCAACAGCCUGCUAGUAAGGUGGAGACUCCUCCUAUGGAGUUUCCCCUGGACGCGUGGGGG